GGGCGAUUGGAUUCGAUAACACUAAGAGAUAUAUAUUGGAAUUGCAAUUGCUGCAUACGAAGUUUUGCUUUCAGCUUAAAACCCUUUCACUGCGCCUCACACAACACAACCCAACCCAACCCAAUCCUAAAACCUUAUCUCCUCUACCUUUGUAUCUCAGAAAUGGAUUCUGACCCUUCUCUUUCCCAAACUUCGCUUCUAAUCUCUGACCAAUCAACUAAGCCAUCCCAAAUUCACGAGAACAACGGUGCUGCUGCUACCGACUCUGAGAGCGAUGGCUUUCUCAGCGGCGAAGAGGGUGACUUGGACCCUGAGCCCACCCGGCCCAUUCUCGUUUACCCUCCUUCCAAAUCCCCCGUUGAUGUUGACGACCCUCUUCUCGACGACCAGGCCCACAGGCCCAUUGCCAAGGUAACCGCCGAUGACGAAGACGAUGAUAACGGUUCCGUUACUGCCGACGAUGAGAAAGAGAAGCUCAGCCAGGCCGUCCAAGAGAAAGGUGCUGACGCUGAUUUCGGUGAUACUAACGACGUUUUCGUUGAGGCUUCCGGCGUUGCUGACGAUGAUAAAGGACCUGUUGUUGUGGAAAACGGCGUCGAAUUGAAGAACGACGAUGGUGAAGGGUUUCAGCCUAGAGGAGGGGUUGAUGUGGAGAAUGGUGUGGAAUUGCACGACUCAACGAAGAAAGAAGAGGAUGCUGUUGAGGAGCAAGGCAUUGAGCUUUCACAUGCGGGUGAUGGUGGAACCAAUCAUUCGGAUUCUGUUGAUGGUGGAGAUUCCCUUGUUGAUAGCGUGCAGGUUAAUGUGUUGGACUCUGGGGUUGCUGUUGUUGGGGAUGAGGUGGAUGUUGAGGAGUCUCAGAUUAAGGGGCUGGACGCGCCGCCGCGUGGGGUGAGUUUGGAUAACGGUUUUGAUCCAAUUGAGAAGGGUGUUAUUGAUAAGGUUGAUGAGUCUGGUCAAAAUGUUGACGUUGGUGUUGAUGAUGGACAUGAACACAAGAGUGACAUUGUUCCUCUUGAAGAAGGUGGUGGUUCAGAAUUUGCUAGUGGGAGUAUGAAGGAUGAGGAAGAUGGGAUAAACAUGGAGGUGGAGGGUCAUGGGGUUGAGGGGGAAAUUGGGAGCCAUUUGGAGGUUGAGGCUGCUGGUGAGGAUGAUGAAGAGGAAGUUAUUCAUGGUGGUGACAGGGAGAUUGAUGGUUCCAUGUCGGAUGGGAAGGAUGAAGGAGUGGUAUUUGGAAGCUCUGAUGCUGCUAGUAAGUACUUGGAGGAGCUGGAACGGCACUCGGCUGGCGGUGGGAAUUUGCAGGAUGCGAGAAUUGAUGGCCAGAUUGUUACUGACUCGGAUGAGGAAGAGGAGAGUGAUGAUGAGGGAGAUGGCAAGGAGCUGUUUGAUACUGCUACCUUGGCAGCUCUUUUGAAAGCAGCAUCUGGUGCGGACCAGGAUGGUGGCAGUAUCACAAUAACCUCUCAGGAUGGAUCGAGGCUUUUCUCUGUUGAGCGCCCGGCUGGUUUGGGAUCAUCACUCCAGUCAGGUAAACCUGCCGUGCGGCCAAAUCGUCCGAGUCUUUUUAAUCCUUCCAUUAGUAGAGCUAGUGCUGUUUCUGAUAGCAAUUUGACUGAUGAGGAGAAAAAGAAACUGGAGAAAUUGCAGCAGAUUAGGAUAAAAUACUUAAGACUGGUUCAUAGACUCGGUUUUACUCCAGAUGAAUCAAUUGCAGCACAGGUGCUGUACCGCUUGUCACUUGUUGCAGGCAGGCAAACUGGUCAAUUAUUUAGCCUAGAUGCUGCAAAGGAGACUGCUUCCCAGCUUGAAGCUGAGGGAAGAGAGGAUUUUGAUUUUUCUAUAAAUAUACUGGUUCUUGGGAAAACAGGUGUGGGCAAGAGUGCUACAAUAAAUUCAAUUUUUGGUGAAACAAAGACCAGCUUUAAUGCAUAUGGUCCUGCUACUACUGCUGUGACAGAAAUUGUUGGGGUGGUUGAUGGAGUGAAGAUAAGGAUGUUUGACACGCCGGGCCUGAAGUCUUCUGCAUUUGAACAGAGUUCCAACAGAAAAGUGUUGUCUAUGGUGAAGAAAUUGACUAAAAAAUCUCCCCCUGAUAUUGUCCUCUAUGUGGAUCGCCUGGACUUACAAACUAGGGAUAUGAAUGAUCUGCCAAUGUUAAGAUCAAUUACAAGUGCCCUGGGUCCAUCAAUAUGGCGAAAUGUUAUAGUCACUCUGACCCAUGGUGCCUCUGCUCCUCCAGAUGGGCCAUCCGGUGCUCCAUUGAGUUAUGAUGUAUUUGUUGCUCAAAGAUCUCAUAUAGUUCAACAGAUCAUUGGACAAGCUGUUGGUGACCUACGACUUAUGAAUCCAAGUUUAAUGAAUCCAGUUUCCCUUGUUGAAAACCAUCCUUCUUGUAGAAAAAACAGAGAUGGCCAGAAGGUGCUUCCUAAUGGUCAAAGCUGGAGACCUCUCUUGUUGCUCUUAUGCUACUCUAUGAAAAUUCUCUCUGAAGCUGGUAACGUUUCAAAAUCUCAAGAAUCAUCAUUUGAUCACCGCAGGCUGUUCGGUUUUCGUUCUCGCUCCCCACCACUUCCAUACUUGUUGUCUUGGUUAUUGCAGUCACGUACAUACCCAAAACUCCCUGCUGAUCAAGGUGGGGUUGACAAUGGUGAUUCUGAUAUUGAAAUGGCUGACUUGUCUGAUUCUGAUCUAGAUGAAGAUGAGGACGAAUAUGACCAGCUCCCACCAUUUAAGCCUCUGAAGAAAUCUCAGAUUGCUAAGCUUAAUAGAGAGCAGAAGAAAGCAUAUUUUGAGGAGUAUGAUUAUCGGGUCAAACUUCUACAGAAGAAGCAAUGGAGAGAGGAGUUGAAAAGGAUGAGAGAUAUGAAGAAAAAAGGUAAGAGCAAAGUAAGUGAUUAUGGUUACAUGGAAGAAGAUGAUCAAGAGAAUGGAGCUCCAGCUGCAGUGCCAGUUCCAUUGCCUGAUAUGGUCCUACCACCAUCCUUUGACAGUGACAAUCCAGCCUAUAGAUACCGUUUCUUAGAGCCAACUUCCCAGCUCCUGACAAGGCCAGUCUUAGACAACCAUGGUUGGGACCAUGAUUGUGGUUAUGAUGGUGUAAACAUUGAACAGAGUCUAGCCAUUAUCAAUCAAUUCCCAGCAGCUGUUACGGUUCAGGUAACAAAGGAUAAGAAAGACUUCAGCAUCCACUUGGAUUCCUCAGUUGCUGCAAAACUUGCAGACAAUGGAUCGGCCAUGGCAGGCUUUGACAUUCAAAAUAUUGGAAAGCAGCUAGCAUACAUUGUAAGAGGGGAGACUAAAUUCAAAAAUUUCAAAAGAAAUAAAACUGCUGCUGGGGUUUCUAUGACAUUCUUAGGUGAAAACGUGUCUACUGGGCUGAAAGUUGAGGAUCAGAUUGCUCUCGGGAAACGUUUGGUAUUAGUGGGUAGCACAGGGAUUGUGCGGUCUCAAACUGAUUCUGCUUGUGGAGCCAACUUUGAAGUGAGGUUGAGAGAAGCUGAUUUUCCAAUUGGCCAGGAUCAGUCUGCAUUGAGCUUUUCUCUGGUCAAGUGGAGAGGAGACCUGGCUUUGGGGGCCAAUCUUCAGUCCCAAUUUUCUGUUGGGCGGAGUUAUAAGAUGGCUGUUCGUGCAGCAUUGAACAACAAGCUCAGUGGACAGAUUACUGUGAGAACAAGUAGCUCAGACCAGGUUCAGAUUGCCCUUCUUGCUAUUCUGCCAAUUGCCAGGGCUAUCUAUAAAAACUUCUGGCCUGGGGCUAGUGAGAAUUAUUCCAUCUAUUAAUUGUGUCUUUAGCUUGCAUUACUAGUUAAGGAAGUAGAGUAUGAGUUUAUCAUAUCAUGUUGCUUCUUUUCACGACUUUCUUAAAUAAUGAGUUUAUUCAGUUUCGUCUAGACUGUUAUAUCUCCUGCCAUAUUUCAGUGCAUUUAUGUGCCUGAAAAUUGUACCGAAUUGAGAUGGAACCUACAGGGAAUUUAUUCAUGAUUGUUUCAUUAGCUUAUGUUUGAAUAAUGUUAAUGUCAGAUUUUGU